AUGAAAUUAAUAUGGUAUUUAAUAAGUCUAACUAUUAUUUUUUUAGUACUUAUAAGUAGUCCAAAAUCUACUAAUAUUGGUAGCUUUAGUAAUCAAGGUAAUCUUUUAAAUGCUACACGUAGUACACAAAAAACAUUACAGGGUUUAAUAGCUUUUAAUGUAUUAUGUUUCUUAAUUUUAACUACAUGGCUUCUUAUACAUACGGUUGUCUAA